CUCACAUCAAUUUCCAAUUCGAAGCAUAAAGAAAAAAUCUCAAAUAACCCACCAAAGGAAAUCUCUUAAAUUGUAAAUGGCAUGGCUUUGGAUUUGGAUCCUUAUCAUUCCCCUCGUAAUGCCUCUCACUCUUGUCAAAAUCUUCCUCAACAAACACUCCAAAAAGUUACCUCCUGGUCCAAAAGGGUUUCCCAUUUUUGGUAGCCUUCAUUUGCUAGGAAACCUUCCUCAUAGAGAUCUUCACAAACUCUCUCAAAAAUAUGGCCCCAUAAUGCACAUCAAAUUAGGAGUUGUUCCUACAAUUAUCGUUUCAUCGCCCAAUGCAGCCGAGCUCUUUCUCAAAACUUAUGACCAUAUUUUUGCUAGCCGCCCACUUACAAAUGCAACCAACCACUUGUUCUAUGGCCAAAAGAAUUUUGGCUUCUCCAAGUAUGGUCCUUAUUGGCGAAAUAUGCGAAAAAUGUGCACACACGAACUGUUUUCGAUUCGAAAGGUCGCUUCGUUCGAACCGAUGCGAAGAAACGAAGUUGGAUUAUUGGUUGAGGAUUUGAAAGAGGCUGCAAGAAGUCAAGUUGUGGUGAAUCUUAGUACUAAGGUCUUGUAUGCUGUUAGGGACAUGACAUGUUUGAUGGUUUUUGGGAAGAAAUAUGUUGAGGAUAAGGAGAUAAUGGAUGAGAAGAGUUUUCAUGAUGCUGUAAAAGAGAUAGUGCAAUUAGCCGUGACUCCUAAUUUGGGGGAUUUUAUUCCUUGUGUUGCUUGGCUUGAUCUUCAAGGAAUUAAUCGUCGAGCAAAAUCGUUUCGUUGCAUGUUUGAUGGCUUCCUAGAGAAGAUUAUUGAAGAACAUCUUGAAUCUAAGAAUGAAAACAAGACUCAAGAUUUUGUAGAUGUUUUGUUGGGUCUAAUGGGAUCUCAAAAUAAUGAAUAUCAGAUUGAUCGUUCCACCAUCAAAGCCUUAAUCCUCGAAAUGGUGAUUGCAGCAAUGGAUACAUCAGCCACCAAUAUUGAAUGGGCAAUAGUUGAGCUCAUUAGACAUCCACAUAUAAUGAAAAAAAUGCAACAAGAAUUACAAGAAGUGGUUGGUUUACACAGAAUGGUAUUAGAAUCUGACUUGGACCAUCUAAAAUACUUGGACAUGGUUGUUAAAGAGACUCUAAGAUUACAUCCACCAAUUCCAUUACUAGUUCCUCAUGAAUCUCUUGAAGAUUGCACCAUGACCAAUGGCUUCCAUAUUCCUAAACAAUCGCGUAUAAUAGUGAAUGUAUGGGCCAUCGGACAAGAGCCAACGGUUUGGAAUGACCCACAAAAGUUCUUUCCUGAAAGGUUCAUUGAUACUCAAGUGGAUGUGAAAGGAAAAGACUUUGAAUUGAUUCCAUUUGGGUCUGGACGAAGAGGUUGUCCUGGAAUGCAUUUGGGUUUGACCGUGGUUCGGUUGAUGUUGGCUCAGCUUGUGCAUUGCUUUCUUUGGGAACUUCCAGAUGGUGUUUUACCUAACCAAUUGGAUAUGACUGAAGAAUUUGGUUUGACUUGUCCUAGAGCUCAACAUCUUAUGGUUACUCCUAUUUAUCGUCUAACAAUUUGAGGUGUAAAUGAUUUGUAAGACUAUAGUUAUGAUCUAUGGUAAAGUUUAUGGUAUGCUUAUGUA